AAGCACUCCUGCUACAGAACAGGUCACCAUGACCUGGUGGUGGCUGCUCCUGUUCGGGCUGUGGACAGUCACACCUGCCUGGACUGGGGACAAACGACUCGCUGUCUGCAUGAACACCAGCCACCAUAAGCAAGCGCCUGGCCCAGAAGACAAGCUCUAUGAGGAGUGUAUGCCCUGGAAGGAUAACUCCUGUUGCACCACCGACGCCAGCUGGGAAGCCCACCUGGAAGUGUCGCGGCUCCACAACUUCAGCUUGACUCACUGCGGCCUCCUGACUCCCAGCUGUCAGAAACACAUCAUCCAGGCCAUCUGCUUCUACGCCUGCUCCCCAAACCUGGGGCCUUGGAUCCGGCAGGUGGCCCCGCCUGUGCGCUAG